GAUGCUAUAAAGCAUUACCAAGAAAAUAAUCAUCUGCUUGAUUUUAAGCAAAUUCUUGAUAAGAUCAACAAAGACCUUAAAGAAAUUUCAAAAUUUGACACUGUUGCGACGCGUAGAGAAAAAGCAAAACUUAUAAUUUGCAAUUGGAAGUUCGUACCUACUUUAAUUUGGCAGAAGCUGAACAACUGCUUGUUGUUUGGUCAUGAACUGUUUGUUCCUGCAAAGCCGUACACUGCUAGUCGAUCGGAGGAUAACAACAUGCAAGAUCUGAUUGCUGAACGUAAUGUUCUAGUGGUACAACAACAGAAUGAAAUUAUAAAGACAGCAGUAGUUCGUGAUCAAGUGGUACGAACUGCACUUUCCAGACAACUGGAGAAUUUUAAAAGUGAGCGCACUCAAACUUCGAAUGAUUUGGAAAGAUUCACGGAUAAAAAUUAUGAAACCUCCAAUGAAAAUGGUACAUCAAAUUUAAAAGAGAAACCACAGCAGUCUAUCACUUCUCUUCUGCCAAAAAAAACGGUUGAAAAAAAUAUUACAGAUGAAGAUUUAAUUAAUUCAGUGAAUGAUGCCUCUGACACUUUCGGCCAAGUUGAAUUUCCAUCGUUUUAUAGUAAGCUUAAAACUACAUGGGACAAUCAAGAUAUUACAAAUUAUCAUGUUAUCGAUUUAGGUGAUGAAGAUACAUUGUGUCAGGUUCAUGACCUUUUAGAUGAGGAUGAGUUGAAAUUGUUAUUUCGGAGGUUGGUGUUGGAUGACGAAGAAAUACAUAUAGAUGAAAAGACAC